AUGUUCUCGUCAUCGCAAGCCGCUGCGCCGCUCAGUUCGGCGCCAGAAACAUCAGCACCAGAACCCGCAACCACACCAAAUACGCAGUCUGCUGAGCAGAGCCCAGUCGAUAGGAGGGCUUCUCACGAUACACCCCAUGGCUUGAAUGCGCGAUCUUGUGUAACCUGUAGACGGAGAAAGGUCAAGUGCGACAAGAGAAACCCAUGCACGAAUUGUGCAAAGGCAGGCAGCGUUUGUGUCUUUCCAGCACCAGGACGAGCCCCUCGCAGACCGAGACAAGGUGGGAAGGUUGUCAGCGAACGCGAGGCAGAGUUGUUGAAGAGGUUGCGAAGAUUGGAAGGGGUAGUUGAGGAGUUGAGCGGGCAGGUGGAAAUCGAAGCUGUGAAGCAUUCUCCAUCAAGCGACUCUUCGUUACCUAAAGAUGCCGAUUCGGGUGACACACUCAGUGGCAAACCGGCUACUGUUCGAGUUGUGGGAAUGGAUGAGGGACAUGGAAACAGAAAGACAUGGCUGGCCAGAAGCUUCAGGAUCGGAGGCGGCCCUCCAAAGACAGCUUUCAGCGUGGACGAGCUCCAGAGCGGCGUUGGUCGAUUGGUUGUGGAUGAGGGCAAAAGCCAUUAUGUUGCAUCUCCAUUCUGGGCCCAGAUAACGGACGAGGUAGACGAAAUCCGGGAACUUCUUCACGAUCAGGACUUCGAUUCAGCGGAUUCGGAUGUACCGAUUGUACCAUCCGAUACGAUUACCGUGCCCAACCACCAGAGUUUUAUAAUGGGAUACAACAGCAGUGAUGUUAAUCUCAAGGGAUUACAUCCACUACCAUCUCAGAUUCCAUUUUAUUGGCAAACAUAUCUUGAGAAUGUUCAUCCUCUGGUAAUGAUAUUACAUAAACCUACAAUGAACAAUGUCAUCAAGGAGGUACAAAACAACUUGAACAGUCUAAGCAAGAGCACAGAAGCCUUGAUGUUUUCUAUAUACUUUGCGACCAUAACUUCAAUGACUGGGGCUGAGGUUCGAACGAAUCUUGGUGUCGAUAAGGAAGUUUUACUCCGACAGUACCGUUUUGGUGUGGAGCAAGCUCUUGCUCGGGCAGGCUUCCUCAACACCAAUGAAAUAGUCACUGUACAGGCGCUCGUUAUGUUUCUCGUUUGUGUCCGCAGACACGAUGACACUCGUUUCGUCUGGACGUUGACAGGCUUGACAUUAAGAAUCGCGCAAUCGUUGGGACUUCAUAGGGACGCAGCACAGUUCGGACUCAGCCCGUUCGAUACAGAGAUGAGGCGGAGACUCUGGUGGCAGGUUUGCGUCCUGGACACAAGGGCAUCUGAGGAUCAUGGAUCAGAUCCUUCGAUCACCGAAUUUUCUUACGAUACGAAGUUUCCAUUGUCAAUUGAUGAUGAUGAUCUCGACCCUGCGGCAACAGACGCACCGGCUGAGAGGAAGGGUGUUUCUGAGAUGACAUUCUGCCUCAUUCGAUACGAGAUCUGCAACCUCAGUAGAAGAUUGACUUACAUACCUCCUGGACCGGUGCCUUGCAAGGUUUCAGGCGAGAUGUUGACACUUGAGCAGAAGGAGAAGCUGGUCAGGGAUUGUGCCGAACAUCUCGAAGCAACAUACCUUCGGUAUUGCGAGGAUGCCGGACCACUCUAUUGGGUUGCCGCCACUGUUGCUCGGUUGAUCAUUGCCAAAAUGUUUCUGGUCAUCUAUCAUCCACUCACUCUCCCUGGUAAGCCCAGCAGUCUAUCGAACGACAUCAAAGACAGACUUUUCAUAUCAUCUAUCGAGAUCAUCGAAUAUUCAAGAAUUUUGGAGUCGGAGGCCACGACGAAGAAGUGGGGAUGGCUCUUCCACACCUACAUUCAGUGGCAUGCUAUGGCCUUUAUCUUGGGGGAGCUCUGUGUGAGGUCCAACUCGGCAGUCGUGGAGCGCGCAUGGCGUGCUGUGGACCUCGUAUUCAACGACUGGCCAGAGGCAGCUCACCACGGAAAGAGUGGCAUGCUCUGGAAGCCGAUGAGAAAACUUUUCGCUAAAGCACGACGGAAGCGCCUGGAGAACGCCAAUACUGAAAAUAUUGAUCGCACACACAAUGGCCAAGGCAUGUCGAGUAUCUACCUGGAUCGACAUCCACCUCCGCAGCCAUAUUCGAUGCCUGGUCCUUGCCCCAUGAGUAUUCCUCGUGAUCGUCAGCUUUCACAGCAAGUCAGUACUACUGGUGCUCCUUCCAAUGCAAUAUUGCCGACAACCAGUGCACCAGAGAUGUACCGCAACGACGUUUCAAUGCUAGGGCCUCAAGUAGUUGGGAUGGGUAUGCUUGCCCCCGAACAGGUACAAAUGCAAAUGCAGCAGAUGCAGCAGCAGGAUCAAGCUCUAUCGCAGCAAGCACCGUGGCUGUUGGACAACAACGCAAUGCUUGAUCUGGACAUGACAGCCGUUGAAGGGGAGAUCAACUGGGAAGGAUGGGACGAUCUCGUGCGAGACUUCCAACUGGAGGCGGACAGCAAUCAACAACCAGAUAUGGCUAGAGGACCGACUUUGGGUGGUAGCGGUAUGUGGUGGUGA